AUGCCCUCUGCCAUUGACAUCUCGCGGGUUUGUCAGAAAGCCACGGCCGUCGGCAAUGGUCGGGUUUCCGGCAGAGGCAUCGCACAUCCCCCGCGGCUUGGCGUGGGUCUGCAAUAUCGAUUCCCGUAUCGCCGCAGCCUGGGCAGUCCCAUGACCGCUCGGCUAUCCAGGGGACGGCGCGGGACACGGCCAGGCGCCGAAAUCCCAGGAGGUCGGGUUGCCGAAAGGCAGCAAAGUACUUCGUAUACUACUGCCAGUGACCGCGGACGUGUGGGAGAGCAGCCCGCGGGCCCCUCUCCGCGUUGUGGCGAGCCGGGUGCGGAUUGUGAUUACGGAGGACGGGAUAACGGAGGCUUGGAUACCUUCGGGUUUUCCUCUUCCGCGGUAAUCAAGGCAUUUGGCUGGCCAUCCCCGGACCUUCGGUCCGCUGCUGAGAUGGUGGUGAAGUACAAGGGUUUAAUCGCAAGUAUUCGGACCGAAGCCUCCUUUGGUGCCCAGUCAGAGAACUGUUCUACACGGCCCAGAGCGAGACCGCCUUCAUCCCAGGUGGGUGCAGUGGUGCAGACCGUCUGCGCGCUUGUUGCUGGCGCGAUGAUCUUGAGCCGCCUUGGGACCAAGAGCUCGCCCGAUGUGGGGUGGAAGGAGCUUCUCGAAGGCUUCUCCUCAUCCACGACGAACCCUUUUUGGUCGAAUACCGCGGAGAGCCCGAGCGUGGGGCUGACGUGGUUCGACAGCCAAGAGAUUGUGAGGAGCGAUGCUCGCAGCUGCCGGAUUUAUGCUAAAUCAAGAGUCACCGAGUUUGGCAAUGCUUUAGAGAGGCGGCUGUGUUUGGAGCCUAAGAGAAAUUCGAGGUGCGUUGCUGAUUACCCAGCUAUGAGAUUACCUGGCGAAUGCAAAAAGAUGGAAGGUGCAGGGUUGAUGGCUGUGGCUUGCUGUGUCAGCGGCUCGACCGCAGCUGAAUUUCCCACUUCUCGUCGCGAGUCGCUAGCCAUUUGUCCCAUUACGGGCAUCGACUGGUUUGGGUUUCUGUUUCUGGAGUUCCAAGUUCGUCGGAGGGGUGGACCAGUGGGCGAACCAGUUGGCGAACCAGUCCGAAUCGACUAG